UUCACCUUUUACUGUUCGCGACUGCCCAACUGGCAGUUGGAGCGUUCCAGCACUCGCUCGUCAACCCCGCCGUGCCUCGCUGUGCAUUACCUUGUCAACGGAUGUAAAAAAGAACUCUUUGCUCCCUUUGUUCCACAAAAACACAUUUGAGGGGGAUCGCUGACUAACUGGGCUCACAGCUACUUUGGCGCGCUAAAGUGUAAGGCAUUAUGGGGGUGAAGGCUGCGCUGCCGAGGAUCGAGCUCUACUUCUACAACUUCGUGCUGUAUGUGGCCAUGAUAUGGGCAGCCAGCUGGAUAUACGACGUCUCCAGCUCUAAUGCCAACCGCAAAAGCUUCAAGCCCAGUGUGAGGCCAGGAUGGUACUACAUCGGCAGAAAAAUGGACACGGCGGAUGUGGAGUGGGUGAUGUGGUUUUCUACAUUCUGUGAGCACAUCCUGUUCGCUCUCUCUGGUCAUGUGAUCUUUGCCAAGAUCUGCUCUCUGCUGGCCCCACAGUACCGUUCCCUGGUCUUCAUGGUGUAUGGUAUGCUGGCUGUGUUCUGCAGUAUGGGCUGGGCCUAUGUCACCCUCAUCCUGUCCCACUGCGUGCUGAUCUACAGCAUCUCAUUGGUCAAGCUGCGAUGGCUCUGCUUCACCGCCGGCCUCACCACCCUCGCCACCUUCAAGAUGGAACCCUUCCUCUCAUGGCAGGCUGGGUUUGUAGCCGGUAAUUUCGAGCUGCGCGAUGUCUUCUUCUAUGGUGGCUGUGGUUUCACCAUUAUGCGCUGCAUGAGUUUCGCUCUGGAGAACUGCGAGCGUCGCGAGGGCAACUUCAGCUUCCUAGAGCUGCUCAAGUACAACUUCUACCUCCCCUUCUUCUACUUCGGACCUGUCAUGACCUUCGACAAGUUCUUCCUGCAGGCCAAUAACCCGCGGCUGGUGCGUCGGGAGGGGGAGAUGUGGAGCAUCUGCCUCACGGCCCUGCUGCACCUGGCGGCCAUCUUGAUAGUGGACGUCCUCUUCCACUUCCUGUACAUCCUCACCAUCCCCGACGACCCCAAACUGCUCAAACACCUCUCAGACUGGGCGCUCAUUGGUCUGGCGUAUAUAAACCUGGUGUAUGACUGGGUGAAGGCCUCGGUGAUGUUCGGGGUGAUCAACACGGUAUCCAGAGUGGACCAUCUAGACCCCCCUCAGCCGCCCAAGUGCAUCACCAAGCUCUACGUCUUCUCGGAGACACAUUUCGACAGGGGGAUCAACGAUUGGCUUUGCAAGUAUGUGUAUAACCACCUGGGCGGUAAGCACGACAGCGCCCUGGAGGAGUUGGUGGCAACUCUGUGUACGUACGGUGUCACGCUGCUGUGGCUUGGUCCCGGCUGGGUGGUGCUGCUCUGGGCCUUCCUCAACUGCUUUGGACUCAACUUCGAACUGUGGACAACCACUUUCUUUGCCAUGGAGCCAUUCGCCUCCAUAGAGAUGUCCUUGUCUGCUGCCAUGUCCAGGAGGAUCCGUGCCCUCUUCAACACCUUCAACUACUGGGCCAUCGUGCUCUACAACAUCCUGGCACUCAGAAGCCUGGACUUCACCAAGACGGUGGCCAAGAGGCUCUUCCUCAAAGGUUUCCCUGUGACGACAAUCAUGGUAAUGUUCGUGACCUACUGUCUGGUCCAGCUGAUUAAGGAGAGUGAGAGGAAGCAGGCUUUGAUUGACGACCCCGACCCCAUCCCCCCUCCCCCUCCCCCCGCCCCGCCAGCCGAAGAAGACCCUGCCCUGGAAGCUGAUGCUCCAGAAGCUGAGCCCACACUCCCCGUAGACCCCAGCAAGGAGAAAGCAGAGUAGGGAGGAGAACAGGGCAGCCAUGGUCUGAAGUCUUGAUUUACCUGGUGCUGAUUGGUCAAGAGUUGCUCUACAUGUGUAGAGGUGCGAAAAGUCAAAGUUGUCUAGGAGAAAGAAUUAUGAGGUUUUAUGAGAGAGUCGUUAAUGUAACUAAGGUAUUUUAUGAUGGAGACGUAGAUACAAUUAAGACAUUUUAUGAGAGGGACGUUGAUAAUGACUUAGAAAUAUUGAUGACAAGGAAAUGUAAUUAUGAUGUUUAAUGAUAGACAUUGAUAACGAUUGACUGACGUUUAGAAAUAUUGACGCCUCAUGAUACAUUGGUCACUCGCAACUUUUAGAGACUCUUUUUCAGAAUGUGACACGAUCACUGUGAAAGAGACAUUGCAUGAAAGGGUUUUAAAAAGUUAUAUUUUAUGAAAGAUGCUUCUGUAGUUUUACUGUUUUAGAGUAAUUUAUUUGAGACACACCACAUUAGCAAUGCUGUUUACAAGACCUGCCAGCCAUAGACUGAGAUUUUAUAAAAGUUUUUAAAAGUGAGAAUUACUCUUGCUCACUCUCAUGUCAUCUGUAAAUAGCCUCAAUGCUGACCUAAACUCUGUCAUCAUGGGCAACAUGUCAUCUGGUUUUAAACCAAGGAAUGUAUUGUUGACGAGGUCAUGUGUUCAUAUCUAGUUUUGAGCCAUAGCAAGGACUUUGUUGUGCCACAUAUUGUCAUCAAGGGCAUCAAAUCAUCUGGUUUUAAGCCAAAACUAGGAGUGUAUUGUUGACUAUAGGUCACAUGUUCUCUGUCUACUGGGCUAUGUGUAGGUAAAUAAACCACAAACUGGUUUUACAGUC